AUGUCGGCAUCAACAAUGCCUAAGAGCCUGGCAAAGGUUCAAAGCAAGGUGAUCAAGAAAAAAGGCAGGAAUGCUGCGCUGCAUGAAAAGAGUAGAGACUCACAAAAACUACGCAGGGCAAGUGCCCGCGUGGAGAAAUUAGAGAGAACGGCUGCUGCGAGGGCCAAAACAAUUCAGCCUUUACCGUUCUUCCAAGAUGCAGUGAUGAACGCAACUCCUCUUUUCGACAUAGAGCUUAUACAUGGACUUAUUCAAAGGUUUCUCAGUCGCUCCGAUGAUACUUUGGCAGAAGUAGAAGCCCGACGGCGGCCUGGUCGGCCGAGCAGCACUCAUGAAGACCUGUUGAAACUAAGAAUGGCGGUAGAGGAUAAGGAAUACAACAGUGGCUUCUGGAUGCCUGACAUGACAGACUCAGAGAAUGUUCAGCGGUUGCAAGCAUGGAAUGGAGAAUGGGCCCAUCUCAACACACUUCAGUAUAUAAGCGUGUCACGAGCUGGGCAAACGAACACAGCGAGAUGGCCACCCAAAAUGUGA